CUUCACUCCUGCACUCCACUCAUCAAAAAUCUCCCAAACCCUUCCUAAAACCCUAAACCCACGCGCCAAUGUACGGACACAACAGCACCGCAUUCCCACGCGCCGCCGACUUCCAGUUCCAGGGCUCACCACCGGCUCAUCCGUUGCUUUAUCAUGAGCAGCUGCUCGUCUCGGCUGAGUUCAGCAACAGCUGCAGCAGCGGCUCCAGCAGCUACGGCGCCUCCCCGAUCAGCAGCGGGACUGGUGAUUGCGCUACGCUGAUUCAGCGCAGCGUCAGCAGCCAUUCGCUCCAGAAGACCUCUUGCGGGACUCACAGGCUGGUCUCCGACUUGCUCGAGUUGGAGACCGGCCCCGUCCGCAGGGUUUACAGCACCGGAGACUUGGAUUUGCAGCUGAUAAAUAAUAUGAACAAUGGAAUGCCACAGCAAUUGCAAUAUUGUGGUUACAAUAGAUCAUCAUCAGAAACUAGUCCCUUGUCGAGUGAGAGCAGUAUGAUCAUAGAAGGGAUGAGCAAAGCCUGUCGAUAUAAUCCUGAGGAGAAGAAAGAGAGAAUUGAGAGGUAUAGAAACAAGCGCAACCUCAGGAACUUCAACAAGACCAUUAAGGUCGUAAUAACAGACGUUCAACCUUCUAUUGUCUUACCCUUUGGAUGUCUGUUUGAAAUUGUAAACUUUCCCAAGAGAGAGUGUAUGCUUGCCGGAAGACGUUGGCGGACAGCCGGCCACGCAUCAGAGGACGAUUUGCAAGGAAUGACGAAAUUGAGAAGAACUCUCCUGUUCAGUGGAGUCACAUAAGUGGGGAGGAAGACGAGGAGGACGGUGAUAGUUGGAUCAACCUUCUGGAUGCAUUCUCUUCUAUUGAAUCCAAUUCCAUGAUCUAGUAACAUAUAGGACCACUCUAUGUGUCAUGUUUUAGCAAGUAGCUAGGAAAAUUUUAGGCUGCUUGGUUUGAACUUUAAUUAUUAUUGUUAUUACUAUUAUUAUGCAGAAUGCCGCACUUUAAGCGCUAUUUAGCUUGAAGUAGGUAAUGUAAAUAUAGGUGAUUUGGAAUGACAAUGUGCAAUUUUUAAUUAA